AUGUCCUCCUGCUCUGUCGUGGUGGCAGCAGCGAGUAUCGAGAUGACACAGGGCUGGGAAGACCUUGGGCCGGCCUGUCCUGCACUGAGGAGCCAAGAGCAGCUGUCUGUGUACGAUGAUUGGAAUGUGAGAGGCCGUAAUGCAGGGCCGCUGGAGUCAGUGCCCAAGUACCCGUCGUCAUCUGCAGACGCCUUGGAGGUGCAGCUUAGGAACAAGCUUUGUUUUCCCUUCCUUUCUAGUUAUCUGUGGGAGGCUGUUGAUACGCAGAACAGCCGGGUGUAUAAAAUCAAGCUCUGUGGAGAUGUGGAGAUUGUCGGAUGUGAGCCAUCAAGUGCUGUUUGUAUGUUCGACUUGAAAACACGCAAGUAUUAUUCAGUCGGAGACUCUUUUUUGAAAAGCACGAGCAGAUCCCUCCUGGAGUUCAACACGACCACAGCCUGCCAGCAUGCAGGCCCGGGGCACCAAGUGCAGAGCACCAUCACCUUCCUGUGUGGAAAGACACUGGGCACUCCUGAAUUUGUAACUGCAACAGAAUGUGUGCAUUACUUUGAGUGGAGGACUACUGCGGCCUGCAAGAAGGACACAUUUAAAGCUAAAAAAGAGGUGCCUUGCUAUGCAUUCGACGCCGAGUUGAAGAAACACGAUUUAAACCCGCUGAUCAAGCUGAGCGGAGGCUACCUGGUGGAUGACUCUGAUCCCGACACUUCCCUGUUCAUCAACGUGUGUAGAGACAUAGACUCCCUCCGGGGCUCGAGCCCACAGCUGCAUGCCUGUCCUACUGGUACUGCUGCCUGCCUGCUGAGAGGAAAUGAGGGGUUUGACGUGGGCCAGCCUAAGGAUGGGCUGAAGCUGGUGAGCAAGGACAGGCUUGUCCUGAGCUAUGCGAGGGAAGGGCCAGGGCAGCUGGACUUCUGUGAUGGCCACAGCCCCGCGGUGACGAUCACGUUUUUGUGCCCUUCUGAGCGGAGGGAGGGUACCAUUCCCAAGCUCACUGCCAAGUCCAAUUGCCGCUACGAGGUUGAGUGGAUCACCGAGUACGCCUGCCACCGAGACUACCUGGAGAGCGGAACCUGCCUCCUGAACAGCGAGCAGCAUGACAUCGCCAUCGACCUCAGACCCCUUGCCCAGCAGACCGGGUACUAUGUUGCGGAUGGAAAAGAAUACACAUUUUACAUGAGUGUGUGUGGAAACACUGACGUCCAGAUCUGCAAUAACAAAGAGGCUGCAGUUUGCCAAGUGAAGAAGACUGAUUCUACUCAAGUCAAAAUAUCAGGAAGACACCAGAACCAGACCCUCCGGUACUCAGAUGGAGACCUCACCUUGAUAUAUUUUGGAGGCGAUGAAUGCAGCUCUGGCUUUCAGCGGAUGAGUGUCAUAAACUUCGAGUGCAAUAAGACUGCAGGUAAUGAAGGGAGAGGAGGACCUGUAUUCACAGGGGAGGUAGACUGCACCUACUUCUUCACAUGGGACACGACGUACGCCUGUGUCAAAGAGAAGGAAGACCUCCUCUGCGGUUCCAGUGACGGGAAGAAGCGCUACGACCUGUCUGUGCUGGCCCGCCACUCAGAAUCAGAGCAGAACUGGGAGGCUGUGGAUGGAAGCCAGACAGAAACAGAAAAGAAGUAUUUUUUCAUUAAUGUCUGUCACCGAGUGCUGCGGGAGGGCAAGGCCAGAAGCUGUCCUGAGGAUGCAGCAGUGUGCGCCGUGGAUAAGACUGGAAGCAAAAACCUGGGAAAAUUUGUCUCUUCUCCUACAAAAGAGAAAGGAAACAUGCGGCUCUCUUAUUCAGAUGGUGAUGAUUGUGCUGAUGGCAAAAAAAUAACAACCAACAUCACGCUUGUGUGCAAGCCAGGUGAUCUAGAAAGUGCUCCAGUGUUGAGGACUUCGGAGGAUAGUGGUUGCUUUUACGAGUUCGAGUGGUACACCGCUGCUGCCUGUGUACGGUCGAAGACAGAAGGCGAGAACUGCACGGUUGUGGAUGCCCAGGCAGGGUUUUCUUUUGAUUUGUCACCUCUCACAAAGAAAAACGGUGCCUACAGAGUUGACACAGAGAAAUACGACUUCUAUAUAAAUGUUUGUGGUGCGGUGUCUGUGGAGUCAUGUCAGGCAGACUCUGGGGCCUGCCAGGUAGCCAAAAGUGAUAGGAAAUCUUGGAACUUGGGGCUGAGCAAUGCGAAGCUUUCGUACUAUGAUGGGAUGAUCCAGUUGAACUACAGGGAUGGCACCCCCUAUAACAACGAAAAGCACACACCGAGAGCCACACUCAUCACUUUCCUUUGUGACCGCGAUGCUGGAGUGGGCUUUCCCGAAUAUCAGGAAGAGGAUAACUCUACCUACAACUUCCGGUGGUAUACCAGUUAUGCCUGCCCGGAGGAGCCCCUGGAGUGUGUGGUGACUGACCCCUCCACUAUGGAGCAAUAUGAUCUCUCCAGUCUCGUGAAGUCUGAAGGUAGCCAUGGAGGGAACUGGUAUGCCAUGGACAACGCCCGGGAACAUGUCACAUGGAGGAAGUAUUACAUCAACGUGUGUCGGCCCCUCAAUCCUGUCCGGGGCUGUGACCGAUAUGCGUCGGCUUGCCAGAUAAAGUACGAAAACGAUCAGGCUUGUUCUAUAAGGGACCCCAACAGUGGAUUCGUGUUUAAUCUUAACCCACUCAACAGUUCCCAAGGAUAUGUGGUCUCGGGCAUUGGGAAGACCUUUGUGUUCAACAUCUGCGGCACGGUGCCUGCCUGCGGGACCGUUGGUGGAAAGCCAGCCUUUGGCUGUGAGGCUGAAACCCAGACAGAAGACCUGAAGAACCUGAAGCCAGACAGGCCAGUUGGGUUUGAGAAAAGUCUCCAGCUGUCCACUGAGGGCUUCCUAACUCUCACCUACAAAGGCUCUUCCCCCAAUGACAGAGGCACUGCUUUCAUCAUUCGCUUCAUUUGCAAUGACGACAAAUACCCGGGAACCGCCAAAUUCCUGCACCAGGACAUUGACUCUGCCCGCGGCAUCCGGAACACCUACUUUGAGUUUGAAACUGCCUUGGCCUGUGUUCCUUCGCUAGUGGAUUGCCAAGUCACCGACCAAGCUGGAAAUGAGUAUGACCUGAGUGCCUUAAGCACAGUCCGGAAGCCGUGGACUGCUGUGGACACAUCGGCCGAUGGGAAGAAGCGCACUUUCUACCUGAGCGUCUGCAACCCUCUCCCUUACAUUCCUGGCUGCCGUGGCAGUGCAGUGGGGUCUUGCUUAGUGUCAGAAGACAACAGCUGGAACCUGGGUGUCGUGCAGAUCAGUCCACAGGUUGCCGCCAACGGGUCAUUGAGUAUCCUGUACGUCAAUGGUGACAAGUGUGGGAACCAGCGCUAUUCCACCAGGAUCAUAUUUGAAUGUGCUCAGACGUGGGGAUCACCCACAUUCCAGCUCCUGGAUGACUGCGAGUACGUGUUUGUCUGGAGAACGGUGGAGGCCUGUCCUGUGGUCAGAGAGGAAGGAGACGAUUGUCAGGUGCAGGACCCCAGGCAUGGGAAUCUGUAUAACCUGAAGCCUCUGGGGCUCCGCGACACGAUCGUGAGCGCCGGCGAGUAUACCUACUACUUCCGGGUCUGCGGGAAGCUGACCUCCAGCGUCUGCACUACCCACGACAGGGCCAAGGUGGUCUCCUCCUGCCAGGAAAAGCAGGGACAACAGGGCUUCCAGAAAGUGGCAGGUCUCUUCACUCAGAAGCUGACUUACGAAAACGGACUGUUGAAAAUGAACUUCACUGGCGGGGACACGUGCCACCAGGUGUAUCAGCGCUCCACCACCAUCUUCUUCUACUGUGACCGGACGACACAGAAGCCGGUGUUUCUGAAGGAGACGUCAGACUGCUCCUACUUGUUUGAGUGGCGGACGCAGUACGCCUGCCCGCCCUUCAACGUGACCGAGUGCUCCUUCAAGGAUGCGGCCGGCAACUCCUUCGAUCUCUCCCCGCUGUCGAGGUACAGUGACAACUGGGAGGCGGUGGUGCGGACCGGGGCCACCGAGCACUACCUCAUCAACGUGUGCAAGUCGCUGGCGCCGCAGGCCGCGGGCUCUGAACCGUGCCCUCCGGAGGCGGCCGUGUGUCUGCUGGACGGCUCCACGCCUGUGAACCUCGGCAGGGUGGCGGACGGCCCUCAGCAGCGCGAUGGGCUCACCAUUCUGAAGUACACGGAUGGCGACUUGUGUCCAGACAAGAUCCGGAGAAAGUCAACCACUAUCCGGUUCACCUGCAGUGAGAGCCAAGUGAACUCCAGGCCGCUGUUUGUCAGCGCUGUGCAGGACUGCGAGUACACCUUCUCCUGGCCCACGGCCGUGGCCUGUCCUGUGAAGAGCAAUGUGCACGGCGACUGCCAGGUCACCAAUCCCAGCACAGGACACCUGUUUGACCUGAGUUCCUUAAGUGGCAGAGCUGGCUUCACAGCCGCGUACAGCGAGAAGGGGCUCGUCUACAUGAGCAUCUGUGGGGACAAUGAGAACUGUGCUCCGGGCGUGGGAGCCUGCUUUGGACAGACCAGGAUCAGUGUGGGCAAGGCCAGCACGAGGCUGAGCUAUGUGGACCAGGUCUUACAGCUGGUGUAUGAGGAUGGGUCUCCGUGCCCCUCUAAAUCUGGCCUGAGCUAUAAGAGUGUCAUCAGCUUCGUGUGCAGGCCUGAGGCCGGGCCCACCAACAGGCCCAUGCUCAUCUCACUGGACAAGCAGACGUGCACACUCUUCUUUUCCUGGCACACGCCCUUGGCCUGCGAGCAAGCCAUCGAAUGUUCCGUGAGGAAUGGAAGCUCUAUUAUUGACCUGUCCCCUCUCAUCCACCGCACGGGUGGUUACGAAGCCUAUGAUGAGAGUGAGGAUGGUGACUCCGACACCAACCCUGACUUCUACAUCAACAUCUGCCAGCCGCUGAACCCCAUGCACGGAGUGCCCUGCCCUGCCGGCUCCGCCGUGUGCAAAGUUCCCGUCAGCGGGCCGCCUCUGGACAUUGGCCGGGUGACAGGCCCUCCGAUACUCAACCCGGUAGCGAAUGAGAUCUACCUGAACUUUGAAAGCAGUACUCCUUGCUUAGCUGACAAGCAUUUCAACUACACCUCACUCAUCGCGUUUCACUGCAAGAGAGGCAUCAGCAUGGGAACUCCUAAGCUGAUAAGGACCAGUGAGUGUGACUUUGUGUUUGAAUGGGAGACUCCGAUCGUCUGUCCGGAUGAAGUCAAGAUGGACGGCUGCUCCCUCACGGAUGAGCAGCUGCUCUACAGCUUCAACUUGUCAAGCCUUUCCAAGAGCACGUUCAAGGUGACCCGAGACUCCCGCACAUACAGCGUGGGGGUGUGCGCCGCAGCCGCUGGCCCCGAACAAGGAGGCUGCAAGGAUGGUGGAGUGUGUCUACUGUCUGGGAGCAAGGGCGCGUCCUUUGGACGGCUGGCGUCGAUGCAGCUGGAUUACAGGCACCAGGACGAAGCUGUCAUUCUGAGCUAUGUGAAUGGUGAUGCUUGCCCUCCAGAAACGGACGAAGGUGAGCCCUGCGUCUUCCCCUUCAUAUUCAACAAGAAGAGCUACGAGGAGUGUGUCCUGGAGAGUCGGGCGAAGCUCUGGUGCAGCACGACUGCAAACUACGACCGGGACCUGGAGUGGGGCUUCUGCAGGCCCACCAACAGCCACCGGACGUCCGCCAUCAUAUUCAAAUGUGAUGAGAACGAGGACGUUGGGAGGCCCCAGGUGUUGAGUGAAGUCCGCGGAUGUGAGGUGACAUUCGAAUGGAGGACGAAGGUGGUCUGUCCCCCGAAGAAGAUGGAGUGCAAGUUCGUCCACCAGCACAAAACCUAUGACUUGCGGCUGCUCUCCUCGCUCACGGGGUCCUGGUACUUCGUUCACGAAGGAGCCUCGUACUUCAUCAAUCUGUGCCAGAAAGUUUACAAAGGGCCCCUGGGCUGCUCCGAGAGAGCCAGCAUUUGCAAGAAGAGCGCCUCUGGCCAAGUCCAGGUCCUGGGACUGGUGCACACACAAAAACUGGACGUUGUGGAUGACAAAGUCGUCGUUACCUAUUCCAAAGGCUAUGCGUGCGGUGAGAACAAGACUGCGUCCUCUGUCAUAGAGCUGACCUGUGCCAAGACGGUGGGCAGGCCUGCGUUCAAGAGAUUUGACAUCGACAGCUGCACCUACUACUUCCGCUGGGACUCGCGGGCCGCCUGCGCCGUGCGGCCUCAGGAGGUGCACAUGGUGAACGGGACCCUCACCAACCCUGUGAACGGCAAGAGCUUCAGCCUCGGGGACAUCUAUUUUAAGCUGUUCAGUGCCUCUGGUGACAUGAGAACCAAUGGCGACAACUACCUGUACGAAAUCCAGCUGUCCUCCAUCACCAGCUCCACGAACCCCGCGUGCUCCGGAGCCAACAUCUGCCAAGUGAAGCCCAGUGACCAGCACUUCAGCAGGAAAGUGGGCAUGGCCGACAGGACGAAGUACUACGUGCAAGAUGGCGACCUGGACGUCGUGUUUGCCUCUUCCUCCAAGUGUGGGAAAGAUAAGACCAAGUCUGUGUCUUCCACCAUCUUCUUCCACUGCGACCCUCUGGUGAAGGACGGCAUCCCCGAGUUCAGCCACGAGACCGCUGACUGCCAGUACCUCUUCUCCUGGUACACUGCAGCUGUGUGUCCUCUCGGGGUGGGCUUUGACAGCGAGAGUGCUGGACUGGACAGGCCGGAGUACAAGGGGCUCUCAGAGCGGAGCCAGGCCGUGGGAGCCAUCCUCAGCCUGCUCCUGGCGGCCCUGACGGGCUGCCUGCUGGCCCUGCUGCUUCACAAGAAGGAAAGACGGGAAACGGUGAUAAAUAAGCUGACGAACUGCUGCCGAAGAAGCUCUAGCGUGUCCUACAAAUAUUCAAAGGUGAACAAGGAAGAGGAGACGGAUGAGAACGAGACGGAGUGGCUGAUGGAGGAGAUCCAGCUGCCGGCUCCCGGGCUGGGGAGGGAAGGGCAGGAGAACGGGCACAUUACCACCAAGUCUGUGAAGGCCGAGGCGCUCACGUCCCUGCACGGGGACGACCAGGACAGCGAGGACGAGGUCCUGACCAUCCCAGAGGUGAAAGUUCACUCGGGCAGAGAAAGCUCCCAGCCCAGGAGAAACCCACCAUGCAAGGCCCUGCGGGAAAGGGAGGACGAUCGGGUGGGGCUGGUCCACAGCGAGAGGGCCAGGAAAGGGAAGCCCAGGCCCGGACAGCAGAAGACGGCGGGCUCGUCCAAGCUGGUCUCCUUCCAUGAUGACAGCGACGAGGAUCUCCUACACAUCUAACCCGGUGCCUACAGGAGAGCGCGGGCCGGGCGGCAGCCAAGCACCUCCAGCCAAAUAAGACUUCAGCUCCAUGAUGCUUCUAGAAUUUUGCCUUUAACAAAAACUGCUUCAAAAGGGAAGAGUUUUUGUGCGCGGGGGUGGGGGGUGGAGGCGAGCAGGCGCCGCUCCUUCGAGAUUGUUUACAUCGUUGGAACGCGGCCUGCUCUGAUUGGCCAAAGGGCGGUGCCUCGUGCCCAGGGUUUGCCCGAGUCCUCGUCUACAACCUCGCUGCUGCGCACUCGUGACAGUGCCAGGCCCGUGCAUCUCAGAACAGAGGGCUGUGUUUGAAAAACCCUUGCUGCUUUAGACCCUCUAGGGUGUUUGACCAUUUAUAUGUUAGCAUUUUAAGUCUCUCCCCCUAUUUAUUGACUUUGACAAUUACUCAGGUUUGCGAAGAAAAAAAAACCCGCCAGUUUGUGGUGGCAGAGGCACAGCGCCGGGGCCGGGGAGGGGGCUGCCUGCGUGCCGGCCGGGGCCGGGGCUCGUGGGACUGGAGCUGGUCCAGGUUGGCAAACUGCUUAACGUUUCCAGGCCAGGCGGGCUUGUCUGCUCCCGGCCUCCGGCAGGGAGAACCGGCUUCGGUUGUCUCUCUGCUGGCACCUGCAGUCCAGGCGGCCGCAUUGCCUUUCUCCGGCUGGGGAAUUCGAACAGCCCACCCAAAGAUGAGAUUCCUUGGUGCGUGGGAGUGGAAUUGGGUGUCAGAGGAAAUGACUGCUUUCUAGGUUUGGGCUGUAGGUCUGGUUGGUUCAGGUUCUCAUCAUACCACCUUUACUGUGCUUAUUUUUUUAAGAAAAAAAAAAAAAAACAGUGUUUAUCAACCAUUUGACCUAUAAGAAGCCUUAAUUUGCACAGUGUGCGACUUACAGAGAUUGUAAGAUGCAGGGUGGGGGACGGAGGGCAGGCCCGGCUUCUUCCACUGGCUGUGCGCUCCCUUCUCCAAGUGUUCAGUGAGUGACUGUCGUCGCGUUGUAGAAUUGUACAUAGGCGCAGUGGUAUUCCCGUACUGAAAAGCAAACUCCCGGCAGAGUUCUUUGGUUUGUGCCUGAUUUGGCUGGCUUAUUUGAUUUCCACAUAAGUGUAUUUUUUAAAAUUGAUUUUUUCUCUUCAUUUUUUUCCAAUCAACUUUACUGUAAUAUAAAGUAUUCGACAAUUUCAAUAAAAGAUAAAUUAUUAA